ACUUAUUCAUUCAUUCAUGCCGAAGUUGCUCUCUUCAAUAUUCUCUAAAACUUUUCAUGGUGAUUUUUGAAGAGAGAGGCAAAGUCAGAGCUUUCUUGUGACCCAUAUACCCAUUUUCUUACAAUGUUUAAACUUUUCAAUAAGAACCUUCGUCUUCUAUGCUCCCGUUUCCGGUGGCCGAUUCGCCGGAGGUCAAAACCCAAAGUCAUCAUCAGGAGGUUCGGCAAAUCGAGCUCUAAACCUCACGACCGAGCCCAAACUGAACCAACCAGGGUUUCUGGCUCAGUGGCUUCGGCUGCGGUACACCCAAAUGGUCAUUUAGGUGAGCCGGCAACGGCUAUAUCGUCUGUACGGGUUGCGACGUUUAACGCAGCCCUGUUUUCUAUGGCUCCGGCGGUACCCAAAACGGAGAGCUUCGACGACGAAAACGGCGACGUUUUAAAGUCUAGGAGCGUCAAUUUACGAACCAAAUCAGUUAAUGAGCGACCCAAGAGUAUUCUCAAGCAAUCUCCAUUACAUCCCAAUUCUGUAAAUAUUACCAAUAAUAGCUCUGAAAAUCUCUCAAAGCAACAGAAGUUCACGAAAUCGAAAUUGAGGGUUUCGAUUAAUUUGCCGGAUAAUGAGAUUUCGUUACUACGAAACAGGAAAUUAAGCUUUGUAGAAGGUGAGAUUGAGAAAGAGAAAGAGGGUUCUUCUUCAUCUUCCAUAACUAGAUUUCUCAGAGGAAAAGCUCCAUUGAGAUCGAGUAUGAGCUUUUCCGGCUGUAUAGACUACGGUGGAGAAGGAGAUGAUCCGUACAGAAGCAAGAGGACUGUGCUUGAAGUUUUGAGAGAGCUAGACGCUGAUAUAUUAGCUCUGCAAGAUGUGAAAGCAGAGGAAGAAAAAGCCAUGAAACCCUUGUCAGAUUUAGCUUCAGCUUUGGGUAUGAAGUACGUUUUCGCCGAGAGUUGGGCGCCGGAGUACGGUAACGCCAUCUUUUCAAAGUGGCCCAUUAAAAGCUGGAAGGUUCAGAAGAUUUUCGACGACACUGAUUUCAGGAAUGUCCUGAAAGCCACAAUUGAUGUUCCUGAAGUUGGAGAAAUAAACUUCCACUGUACUCACCUUGAUCACCUUGAUGAGAAUUGGCGUAUGAAGCAGAUAAACGCCAUAAUCCAAUCAAAUAACGAGCCCCACAUCUUAGUUGGAGGCCUCAACUCCCUUGAAGAAACUGAUUACUCACAAGAAAGAUGGUCUGAUAUUGUAAAGUACUAUGAAGAGCUGGGAAAGCCCACACCAAAGGUGGAAGUAAUGAAAUAUUUAAAGAGUAAAGAGUACACAGAUGCUAAGGACUACGCCGGAGAAUGUGAGUCAGUUGUGAUGAUAGCCAAAGGCCAAAGUGUACAGGGGACAUGUAAGUAUGGAACUCGAGUAGAUUACAUAUUGGGUUCUCCAAACUCUUGUUACCAGUUUGUCCCAGGUUCAUACUCGGUCUUUUCAUCCAAGGGUACUUCUGAUCACCACAUAGUGAAAGUUGACAUAACAAAAGUAGAUAACACUGGUCAACAAAAUGUCACCACAAAGAAAAGACAUACUAAGAAGAAAGUUGUAAAGGUAACAGGCUCUUCUCAAUCCAAAGCUAUAUGGAAAACACAUACGACGUAAGACUAUAAUAGAUUUGAAUUUCUUUGUUUUUAGAAAUUAUAAAAAAAUAAUUUAUAUAUAUUAACUAAUUAUAUGAUUUAUAGGUCUAGUGUUUUUUUUUCUUUUUCAAAGUGAGAAGAGUAUCUGAUUUUGAAGCUGCUCUGCUCUUGUGCCCUACGUGUAAAUCAUCUAUCGGAAUUGAGUGCUAGCAGCUGCUGCAAUAUAUAUUACAUGAUCUAUAUAUUUGUUACUCU